ACUAUGCAUGUGACAAAUAAAGAACCUUGAAUCCAUCAUCAAACAAUGCUGUCUCAUCAAUGCAACAUCAGAAAAUGUUUUACAGCAGCUACUUCAGCACAUACGCCACAGUGAACUUUACGCAAUACAACUGAAUGAGUCCACGAAUGUGGCUCCUUGUAUAUUUGCACAACAUUCAUGAAGGAACCGUCAAGGAGAACAUGCUGUUCUGUAAACCACUCGAAGAAAGGACAACUGCAGUAGAUAUUUUUCAAAAGCUGGACACAUUUAUGAUCACACAUGGACUCGUGUGGGACAGAUGUGUUGGCAUCUGCACUGAUGGUGCAUGGGCCAUGACUGGGAGACAAAGAGGUGUGGUUUGUGUGUACAGGCAGUAGCGCCAGAUGCUUCUUGGGUACACUGCAGCAUCCAGAGAGGCUCUUGCUGCAAAGGGAAUACCUGUCCGUCUGAAACAUGUCUUGGACACCACUGUAAAAAUUAUUAACUUUUUGAACUCCCACUUAUUUGCUGCAUUGUGCAGUGAGAUGGGCAGCGAGCCUGAAACUGUAUUACUCCACACAGAGGUUUUCUUGCUCUCAAGAGGGAAAGUGCUGCCCUGUUUCUUUGAGCUGAGGGAAGAACGUAAAGUUUUCUUCAGUAACCAUCCCUUUGAGCUGUCUGAACAUUUGCAUGAUGUAGAGUACCUUACGUGCCUGGCUCAUCUGUGUGAUAUAUUUUCCCGUCUGAACGAACUCACUCUCGGAUUACAAGGCAUUUCUACAAUCAUAUUCAUUGUUUAUGAUAAAGUUGUGGCCAUGAUAAAGAAGUUAAACCUUUGGAAGAACUGCAUGGUCAAAAACAACACAGAAGCACACAUUAUCAAACAGUGUAAAGCAUGACUGUAACAUGCACCUUCAGGAGCUGGCGGCGCAGUUAUGCUGAUACUUCUCAUAGACGGGCAGGUUAAAUGAUUGGAUACAUUACCCAUUCACCUCCGUGCCUACUUCGUCAUCAGUGUCUGAGCAGGAGAGCCUAAUUCAGAUCACCACAGAUGGAUCUCCUAAAAGACCCUGCGCACUGAACGGCCUGUAACUUAUUUAUAUGCAAAUACAGAAGUGUAAUUAGAAUUUUAAGGAAAUUUAAAUAGUUUCCUUCAUUUUAUGACUUAAGAGAUUUCUAGUUAACCAUAACUUCUAGUGGACUCCAAUAUAUUAGUUUUUAUUGUUUAGGUUGAACAAAUGCCAUAAAUAUAAUCUUUCUGUAUUUUUUCUUAUUUUUUUGUAGGCUAAGCAUCUGUGAACUUUCAGAGAGAAGCUGUAGAGCUCUGUCGUCAGUUCUCACCUCCCAGUCCUCAAGCCUGAGAGAGCUGGACCUGAGUAACAAUAGCAUGGAGGAUUCCGGAGUGAAGCUUCUGUCUGAAGCAGUGGAGAGUCCACAUUGUAAACUGAGAACUCUGAGACUGAGUCUUUGUAAUCUCUCAUUGAGAAGCUCUGACAGUCUUUCUGCUGGACUGCAGAAUCUGAACUGCAAGCUGACUAGUCUGAGACUGAGCGCCUGUAACCUCUCAGAGAGAAGCUAUGAAGCUCUGUCCUCGUUCCUUAGCUCCCGGUCCUCUAGUCUGAGAGAGCUGGACCUGAGUAACAACAAUGUGCACGAUUCAGGAGUGAAGCUUCUGUCUGGCGCAGUGGAGACUCCACAAUGUAGACUUAAAACUCUCAGUCUGUCAGGCUGUUUGGUCACAGCAGACGGCUGUAGUUUUCUGGCCUCAGCUCUGAGCUCCAACCCCUCCCAUUUGAAAGAGCUGGACCUGAGCUACAAUCAUCCAGGGGACUCAGGAAUAAAGCUGCUCUCGGCUGGACUGAAGAAUCCACGCUGGAGACUUAAGACUCUCAGGUUGGAGCCUGCUGGAGUCCGAUGGUUAAAACCAGGUCUGAGGAAGUAUUCCUGUCAACUCACAAUCGACACAAGCACAGUAAAUAGAAACCUCAAACUGUCUGACAACAACAGGAAGGUGACACAUAAUAUUAUGGAGGUUCAGUCAUAUCCUGAUCAUCCAGACAGAUUUGAUGUUUGGCCUCAGCUGCUAUGUAGUAAUGAACUGACUGGUCGCUGUUACUGGGAGGUCGAGUGGAAGGGAAACAUUUCUAUAUCAGUGAGUUACAGAAGAAUCGGAAGGAAAGGAAACAAUGAUGACUGUUGGUUUGGACUCAAUGAUCAUUCCUGGAGUCUGCACUGCACUGAUGGUGGUCCUCAGUUUGUCUGUCACAAUUGCAGAUCCACAACCAUCCCCCCCUCCUCUUCCUACUCCUCCUCUGUCUCUAACAGAGUAGCAGUGUAUGUGGACUGUCCUGCUGGCACUAUGUCCUUCUACAGAGUCUCGUCUGGCACUCUGAUCCGCCUCCACACCUUCAACACCACAUUCACUGAACCUGUUUAUCCUGGAUUUUUAUUGUCUUUUCAUGGUGCCUCAGUGUGUCUGUGCUGAGUUGAGUAUAAAGAGUGUCCUCCUGUUAGAGAAAUACUCUACGCAUUUUAAGGUUAAUGGAUUCAAUGAGUUGAUGUUUUAAACUGUUCUAAAUGAUUCCUUGUAAACUUCUUCCUCUUCACUCCUUUAAAGAUGGAAGCUACAAUUAUUCAAGGAUCCAUUCUUAGGAAUAUUUUAAUGUGCCUGAAUAGCACUGCAUAUGCUGUGUUUCACUUUAGUUUGAAUGAAACAUGAAAUCUAUCACAAAGGGCCCUGGAGUAGAAUCUGGUGGAUUUUGGUAAUAUACAUUAGAUUUGUUUUGAUGCUAAUUUUUUUAAGCUGUUUCAUUGUUAUGAUUUCAGAUCUGAAUUUUAUAAAAUGCUGCAUCAAAAACAAAGACAGAUGUGUUUGUCCACAAAUGACAACUACCUCCAAAAGCACCUUUUAAACAACCUUCUGUAUUUUGAAUACAUUGCUCAGUUUGAGCUGAUGUUUGAUAUCAUUACUAUUUUUCAUGACUUUUUCAAUCACUAUCAUAUUUUACUGUUUCUAUUUGAAUUUUAGCUUAGAGCUUAUUUUUAUUGUAUGCAUAUCUCUAAUGCAGCCACAGCAAAACAGCUGCCGGAUGUCAUGAUCCUGGGUCUGGUGACCCAGUGCUUGUGUUUUGAUUAUUUAUUAAUAUUUAAUCUUCUUUGAUUUAAUGUUUUUCAUAGUUUAGUCUUUUGUAUAUCUAGCUUCCUAAGGCUACACUAAUCCGGAUAAAUUUUAAAACAUUUUUGGCUAAAAACACUACGCGUCCACACUAGUGUUUUUAAUCAUUUCCGAUCAGUUGUUCGUCAACACUGAAACACCUGAAACGCUUAUGUUACUGUUUUGCGCAUGAGUGAAAUGUAAGAUGAUUCAACCUGCGUUAUUUCUGUCUGCCGUUUAUUUACUUUCCGGCUAUUCAUCGCAAAACAUCGCACCAAAAUGUUGAGGAAAAGCACAGAGUUUUUUAAAUGGACUAAUAAUGAGAUGUAGUUGUUGCUGUGAGUAACACAAAAGUACAAAGUUGCAAAACUGAUUGAAAAUUAAAGAAUUUGAAG